AUGGAGAGAUGGUUGGUUUCUGGGUUUUGUGGUGGCUGGAGAGAGAAGAAGAUUGGCAGUGCUCUGGGGGCAGUGGCAGUCGAGGACGUGGCGAGAGAGAGGUUUUCUUUAGUGUUUGAUCUUGUCGAUGCCGCUAUUGCCCGUGAUUUGGUUGCUGUGUUUGGUUGGAAUGGGGAGAACCUCCAGGAGUAUUGGUGGUAUGCUGCAAGAGCUCUUGACUGGGGCUCAAAUGGCGGUCCUGAUUUGAUUGUUGAUGAUGGUGGUGAUGCUACUCUCUUGAUUCAUAAGGGUGUGAAGGCUGAAGAGGUGUAUGAGAAGACUGGUGUUUUGCCAUUUCCAGCUUCGACUGAUAAUGCAAAGUUUCAACUUCUGGUUAAUCAGUUUGAUAGUGGAGGGACCAUAAAAUUCAUUUUGCAAAACAAGAGGAACCCAUACAUCCUUGUUGCCUCUCUAGGACACCAAAAUCCGCCUCUGACAAUGAUGGGGUUGGAAAGCUGUAUCGAUGAUCCUGAAAAGAAAUCUAUAGUCCACUUCCGCUGA